GAUUCUGUCCCCUUAAAAAAAUCAGUUUCGUUUCCCACGCGAACUGCCGGCUCCGCCCCCAAACCGCGCGCGCGGAGCCGGGCGUCGAGCCGGGCCGGGCAGGGCAGCCUGCGUUUCCCCGACGCCGCCGCGCGGUCCGCGAGCUCCGGCUCCGCAGCGCGACGCGCGGGGUCAGUGGGCGCGCUCCGGCCUUGGCCGUUUCCCUCUCUCUCCUUGCCUCGGAAGGUCCGGGGCGCCGAGGCGCGGCCGUGGAACCCAGCAAAGCGGCGAUGGAGCGGAGGCCACGGAGGAGGUCGCGGGGCGGCGCGCGCUCGGCGCCCAGGCUGGCCGCCGCGUCCCGGUCCGGGGCGUCCCAGUCCGGGGCGUCCCGGUCCGGGGCGUCCCGGCCCGCUGUGUCCGGGUCCGCUGUGUGCCGGCCCGCCGCGUCCCGCUCCUCGGAGCCGCCGGGCGCGCAGCUCUGGCUGUUCCCCAGCCUCGCGGGCGUCCGCAGCGCGCUGUCCCGGAGGACCGAGGCGACGCGCCAGCUGUGCUGCACGCGCGGGCGCCUGGCGGUGCUGGAGCGCGGCGGGGCCAGCGUCGAUGUCCACCAGCUGCCGGCCGGGAGCGACGGCGCCGGGAAGCCCGAGUGCAUUAAGUUAGGAAAAAAAAUGAAGAUACAUUCCAUGGACCAAGGAGCAGAGCACAUGCUGAUUCUAUCCUCAGAUGGGAAACUGUUCGAGUACAGCUAUAGCAUAGAACAUGCAAGGUUUCAAUGCGUUUUACAAGAAAAAAAUAUACUUCAGAUCACAUGUGGAGAUUAUCAUUCUCUUGCACUUUCAAAAGGUGGUGAGCUUUUCUCAUGGGGGCAGAACUUAUACGGGCAGCUCGGAGUUGGAAGAACGUUUGACUCAACCCCCACACCACAGAUUGUGGAGCGCCUCUCAGGAGUCCCCUUGGUUCAGAUUUCUGCAGGAGAAGCCCACAGCAUGGCUUUGUCCAUGUCCGGAAACGUUUACUCGUGGGGAAGAAAUGGUUUUGGACAGCUAGGCCUGGGCCACACCAACAAUCAAGAUUCUCCUUCCCUUGUUGAAGCACUGGCCAGUCAGAAAGUGGAAUUUCUCGCUUGUGGUGGCUCUCACACUGCCGUGCUCACAAAGGAUGGGCUGGUGUUCACUUUUGGCGCUGGAAAAUAUGGGCAACUCGGUCACAAUUCAACACAGAAUGAGUUAAGACCCUGUUUGGUGACCGAGCUUGUUGGAAAUAGAGUGACCCAGAUAGCAUGUGGAAGGUGUCACACACUUGCCUAUGUUUCUGAUUUGGGGAAGGUCUUUUCUUUUGGUUCUGGAGAAGAAGGACAACUGGGAAACGGUGGAACACAUAAUCAGCUGAUACCACUUCCCAUGAAAUCACCAUCAAAUGAAGACCUCAAAUUUGAAAGCCACACCUCAGAAAAGGAGUUAAUAAUGAUUGCUGGAGGGAAUCAAAGCAUUUUGCUCUGGAUGGAAAAAGAGAAUCCAUACGUUAAUCUGAGGAGGAAGAUUCCUACAUUGAAUGAAAGGACUAUAAAGAGAUGGAUUGCUGAUGUGGGAACUAAACAGUGGCAAAAUACAAAAAGGGAAAUCAGAGAGAUAUUUUCAUCUCCUGCUUGUCUGACUGGAAGUUUUUUAAAGGAAAGAUUAACUGCAGAAAUGAUGUCUGUUAAUUUGGAUGUAAAUAAAGCAAGAAACACCUUUAAGGAGUUAACCCAAAAGGACUGGAUUGCUAACAUGAUAACCACAUCUCUCAGGGAUAAUCUGCUCAAAAAUCUUCCAUUUCAUUCUCCACACCAAGAAGCUUUAGCAGUUUUCUUCGUUCUCCCAGAAUGUCCCGUGAUGCAUGAUGAUAAGAACUGGGAGAGCCUGGUGGUUCCAUUUGCAGAGGUGAUUUGUAAAAUGAGUGACCAGUCUCUAGGGGUUCUGGAGGAAUACUGGGCUUCUCUGCAAGAAUCCUCUUUCCACAAACUGGUCCAGAUGUUUAAAACAGCCGUCGUGGCUCAACUGCGUUAUUAUAGGGCUGAAAGUGUGGAGAGUAACUGUCACCUUAGAGCUCUCCUAGAAGUGCUGAAAAGGCUGCACAGGGUAAACCAGACUAAUUGUCAAGUGCCUGAAAAUAUUUUCGAAGUAAACGAACUCACACACUGGCUUGAUUUUUCUGGAGACGUGUUUAGGAGGUCUGCUUGGAAAAUGAACCCAGAUACUUCAAGAGGCUCUCCUGUCAUUUUCAGUCAUUUUCCAUUUAUCUUUAAUAUUCUGUCAAAAAUUAAACUACUAUACGAAGACUCGCUUUUAAAAAUACAGGAGAAAAAACAUAGAGCCAUUAUGACGUGGGUUGGAGUUGUGGAACAAGGAGAGUCCCCAUUGGGGACUUUGGUGCCCACCUUUAAUCUAACAGUCAGAAGGAGUCACCUGAUUGAGGACGUUUUGGAUCAGCUAAAUCAAUUUGAGAAUGAAGAUCUGAGGAGGGAGUUAAUGGUUUCAUUUAGUGGAGAAAUUGCACUUGACUCUGGAGGAGUCAGGGCAGAGUUUUUCCAUUGUCUGUUUGAAGAGAUGACCCAGCCGGAAUAUGGGAUGUUCAUGUAUCCUGAAGAGGCUUCCUACAUGUGGUUUCCUGUCAGCCCCAAAUUUGAGAAGAAGAGUUAUUUCUUCUUUGGGGUUCUAUGUGGACUUUGCCUAUUCAAUUGCAAUGUUGCCAACAUCCCUUUCCCAAUGGCUCUGUUUAAGAAACUUUUGGACCAAACCCCAUCAUUGGAAGACUUGAAAGAACUCAGUCCUGUUUUGGGAAGGAGUUUGCAGACACUUCUGGAUGAUGAAAGUGAUGACUUUAGAGAAGUAUUUUACAUCCAUUUUAAUGUGCAUUGGGACAAAAAUGAUGUAGAGUUAAUUCCUAAUGGAAGUUGCAUAAUUGUCGACCAGACUAACAAGAGAGACUAUGUUUCUAAGUGUGUCAAUUACAUCUUCAACGUCUCUAUAAAGGCAGUUUAUGAAGAAUUUCAAAGAGGAUUUUACAAAAUCUGUGACAAGGAGAUUAUUGAAUUUUUCCAUCCUGAAGAACUCAAGGAUGUGAUUAUUGGAAAUACAGAUUAUGACUGGGAAACAUUUGAAAAGAAUGCACUUUAUGUGGAAGGAUAUGACAAUUCACAUCCCACCAUAGUGAUGUUUUGGAAGGCUUUACACAAAUUGACUGUAGAGGAAAAGAAAAAAUUCCUAGUGUUUCUUACAGGAACUGACAGAAUUCAAGUAAAAGGUUUAAAGAACAUGAAAAUAACAUUUUGCUGUCCUGCAAAUUUGAAUGAAAAAGAUCCCAUAAGAGCACAGACAUGUUAUAGUGUCCUCUACCUCCCUAAAUAUUCUACAAUGGAAAGGGUAGAAGAAGCACUUCAAGUCGCCAUCAACAGCAGUAGAGGAUUUGGCUGACCCCACUUCAUACUCUUUACCCCUUUUUGGAAAUAUUUUCAAAAAUAAAAUUAAGAACUCAA